GACUUCAUGCACGGCAUCGGCAUCGUGGAGGACAGCCAACACGUGCACGAGAACGUGAUUUACACCAAGGGCAAGUGCCAGAUGCCCUUCACGGAGCUCGGCCCGCCGAAGACAGGUUUUGAAAGCGCGGCAUUGAAUGACAUGCUGCCUCAGGCCAGCCGGCGGAGAGCCAUGGUGAUGCCGCUGCCCACGGUGUGGGAUGCAGCGCUUCCCAAGGAGAAGGAUCCGACCUGGGCUCUUCUCAAGAGCUUUGGCCGCAAGCUGGACUGCAUGUCUGUGGAAG